AUGGGGAGCACUUCCAUCAACAGGUAUCUAAGGAUCAUCCAUCCUUCAGGAACUCACAUGCUGCGGACAGUGCAAACUGCACGAAUCAUCUCUGUCAUCACCUGGGUUUCUCUCCUGGCUCCAACAGUCGUCUAUGUUAUCAUUUUUUUCAGCUCCCAGGAACCUCUGACCUUUAAUCCUAGCCGCUGCGUUCACCUGUUUACUCCAUCAGUCAGCCUGUUGUUCAGAAUUCUCCACAUCUUCUCUGCAAUCAACUUCCUCUUGUUCUUCAUAUCCCUGGUCUUCUUCUACUACAGCAUCUUCCGCAGGGUGUUGGAGGCACAGCAGAAGCAGCUGACCUCCUCUGGCUCUGAGAAGCUGGUUAAGUAUCGCAGGAACGUGUUGGUGCUGGAGGUGACCACCAUGGUGUCAGUUUUCAACAUCUGCCUGGACCCUGUUGUUUACUUUUUCCUCAGCAAUACUUUUGGGGAGAAGGUGAGAGCCAAACAUCCGACUACAAACGAGGAGAAUAAGAGCAGCAAGGACAAGCUGGACAUCAUUACAUUAGAACAAGUGACUCGAACCAGUUAG